UGUUCAUUGCAAACAGCUGUUCAUUAUAAAUAAACCCAUCCAAUUGUGUGGCGCGGUAAAAACAUACUUAAUUUUAUUAAUUAAACUAUCUACUAUCUUUAAAAUUAAGUCUGCUUCUAAAAAUGUUUUAUUAGAAUACAAACAAUUAAAACAGUAUAAAAAUUGUGUUUUAAAAAUGUUAUAAUUUGAAUUUGGUCCUAAGGGCUUAAGUUGCAGCAACUGAAUAUCAAAAUUGAUUUAUAAACCAUGCCGUUUCGUCGCUGUUUUGCUCAUUGUCCUCAUGGUAGCGCUAUCUUGUAUCCAUUUCCACCAAAAACUGAUGUAGCCAGGCGGGAUCUCUGGAUACGGCAAUUUGGUAAAAAUCCAGACCAGUUCAAACAGAAACAUCUGUACGCAUGCCGGAAACAUUUCAGCUCGUAUAUGACGUAUGGUAGACUACUGCGAAAAAACGGCUAUCCCGAUGUAAAUUUGACUACAUACGACAAAGAUAAGCCUUACACACAAAGAUACAGUUUUUACAAACCUGGUGGGAAACCCGAUCCGUUUUGGCAUGAUAAUCUCGAUGAUGUAGUCGCUAUGCCACCUUUAGAUUAUGGCAUUGACCUAGAAUACGUACCCGUAGAAUGUAUUUUACCACUUUCCAAUGAACUCUCUCACACCGAGGACAGCAAUAGUAGCGAUGAUGAGGAUAUACAAUUAAAACAGAUAUCAAAUUAUGUGGAUCGUAAACGAAAGUGCAUAUUAGGAUGUGCCGGUCAGCGUUCAUCACACAUUUUGCCAUCUAUCCACAACGAAUUGGAAAGACGGCAUAAAUGGCUAUACUUGUUGGGAAAAGAUCCAGCAUUGUACACACAAAGACACGUUUAUGUUUGUGAUCUACACUUCGAUAUACAUAUGGUUGGGAAAUCGCAUUUAAUACGUGGGGCAUAUCCGAAUAAAAACUUGCCACCACCACUAAUAAAGUCAAUACCGGAAAGAUUGGAAGCUCAAACAGAGUGCCUGCAAAAGUGUUCAGACUAUAAGCGAAAGUUCAAAUUUCCAACGUUCGAUCGUAAAAGGCGCGAAAUGUGGUUGUUGAAAUUUGGCCGUAAUCCUGCGUUCUACACGAAUGACAUCUACGCAUGCGAUCGUCAUUUUAGUGAUGAAAUGAGAGUUGGCCCCUACUUACAAUCACACGCCGUACCAGAUCAAAAUUUGGCACUCAAACUACUGUACGAGGAUAAUACUGGUAAUUAUGCGAUUAAAACUUGGUCGCUAGAAAGACUACAAGCUUUAGCAAAUGCUACGACGACAUCAGCCGUUAAAACAACAACAACGACAACGACAUCACUAACUGUUACAACAACAAAUACAACACAUUCAACAACUGCGCUGAUUUCACCAACUGUUACAACAAUUGCUACAACAACUACAGUAAUAUCGCCAACCGAUACAAUAACUGAUUCAACAACUACAAUGAUUUUGCCAUCCGUUACAACAACUACAACAGUUUCACCAACUGUUACAACAACUACAACAGUUUCACCAACUAUUACGACAACUACAAUGAUUUCGCCAACUGUAACAACAGUUGAUGAAUCAGCACAAAGUAAGAACAUUCUUGGCCAACUAAAAAUGACCGUUAUGUCUACUGCUAAUCAAACGUCACAAACACCAGUAGAAUAUGUAAAAAUGAAAACAUUAGGUGUAUUCAUGCAACAUAGAGAUGGUUAUGUGGUGCCUUUGAGACAAAUUUUAAAUGCAGUUGAUCCUUUGGAUUGCAGAGGAUAUCUACUAACGGAAAAUGCUAAAUCGAUUGAACCCAAACUAACUAUAAAAGUACAUCCAAUACCGAAAGAGAUCUAUGAAGGUAUUAGUGAGGAUGAUACUAGUAUGCCAGCAAGUCCCACGUAUAAGGACGAUACGGUUGAAGAAAGUGACGAGGAUGCGACAAAUUUGAAAUUUACGCAUGCGUUUGAUGAACAGCAAAAUUGCGGGGAUUCAUUGAGGCAUGAAGACAACGAUGAAUACAGCAACAGCUUAGAGAAUGCACAAAUAUACAACAUUAGGCGAAAUAAUUAUAAUUCGGGCUAUACCACGGCGAAAAAGAUAAAAUUUACGCAUGCGUUUGAUGAACAGCAAAAUAACGGCGAUUUACGGGGACGAGAAGGCAACAAUGAAUAUAGCAACAGCUUAGAGGAUGCACAAAUAUACAACAUUAAGCGAAAUAAUUAUGAUUUGGGCUAUACCACGGCGAAAAAGAUAAAAUUUACGCAUGCGUUUGAUGAACAGCAAAAUAACGGCGAUUUACGGGGACGAGAAGGCAACAAUGAAUAUAGCAACAGCUUAGAGAAUGCACAAAUAUACAACAUUAAGCGAAAUAAUUAUGAUUCGAGCUAUACCACGGCGAAGAAGGUGAAAUUUACGCAUGCGUUUGAUGAACAGCAAAAUAGCGGGGAUUCAUGGAGACAUGAAGACAACGAUGAAUACAGCAACAGCUUAGAGAAUGCACAAAUAUACAACAUUAGGCGAAAUAAUUAUAAUUCGGGCUAUACCAAUCCGAAAGAGGUGAAAUUUACUCAUGCGGUUGAUGAACAGAAAAACAACGGGGAUUUAGGGGGACAAGAAGACAACAAUGAUUACAGCAAAAGUUUAGAGAAUGCACAAAUAUUCAACAUUAAGCGAAAUAAUUAUGAUUCGGGCUAUACCUCAGCAAAAAGGGUCAAAUUUACGCAUGCGUAUGAUGAACAGCAUAAUAACUGCGAUUUAGGGAGACAUAAAGACAACAAUAAUUACAGCAACAGUUUAGAGAAUUUAAAAGUAUACAACAUUAAGCGAAAUAAUUAUGAUUCAAGCUAUACGGCCACGGCGAAAAAGGUGAAAUCUACGCAUGUGUAUGAUGAACAGCAAAAUAACGGCGAAUUAGGGGAGCAAGAUGACCACUACGAUUACCACGAAAAUAAUGUUGAUGUGUUAAACAACUUUAGUGGCAACGGCGUAAACGAAGCGAACACUGAACUCGCCGAAAUUUCAGAUCCGAUAUUAGACCAACUGGCCGAAACUUAUCCCACAGAGAGUUUCUCCCUAUUGCUUGGACAAAAUAAUACAGUAGACAAAUGUAGCACAGAAACGAGCAGCGAGAGCAAAACUGAAAUUGUAAUAGUAUCGGAUGAGCCAAGCACGGCUGGCAAGUUGUUAACAGGAAAGAAAACGGAAACCGUUAAUAAACGCGUAAUAACGGUACAGCCGAAACAACAACUCCAUAAUAGCAAAGUAAAAACGCAAUUGAAAGAAGCAACCGUUAAGAACGGUGUCAUUAAGCAACAACCACAACAACAAACUUCUUUGACGAAGGCAGUUGCUUUCGCAGAGAGUUGGCAGCAAGUGGUGAAGACCAUGCAAAAGGAGGUGUCAGCUAACAGUACUUUAGCAAACAUGCAGAAGCAGCCCGAUGCCAUUGCGCUGGCAGCCAAGAAGUUAGUUGAGGAAAUAAAACAAGCUGGUGAAAGGGAAAAACUAAGCAUACACCAAAAAAGAAUUGCUGGCGAUUUGACGGGAACUAAUCUGAAGGGUAAACAAAUACUAAGCACACAAAGUGCAUCUACCGUUGCAACAACGCAAGUGCCAACAAAAAUGUUUAAUAAACCAGCUCCGAAUGCUUUCGAAAUCACCAGCGUGGAGAUAAUAAACAGCAAACCACCGAUUGUUGUUGGGCGAAACGCAAAUUUGGAAGUGAUCCCUGCAAUUCAGGACGAUCCACAUCGCGCAAAAAUAACAAGCGUCGAAAUAAUAAACAGCAAACUGUCAACGAAUGUAGCUAACGGCAAUACAGAGACAUUUUCGGAAAGGAGAACACCGCAAAUUCUGCAAAAUCGAAAAGAAAUUAUGCAAAUGAUGCAUAGACCGUCAGCAGCUAAAGCAACAAUCGCUACAACAACAACUGCAUCAAACACAAUGCCACUUACAAUAACCAAGCCACCAUUUAAAACAAGUGCCGGGCACGCGCAACCCGAAUCAAUGGAUGAUACAAUUGAGGGAUUGUUGGCCAAAGCCAAGCAUAUUUUGAACACAAAGAACACUGCAGCGCUUGCAAACACCAACAAUGACGACAAUGAUUUGCUGAAGUCUGCUGAACCAGAAUUACAUUUUGCGCCAAUAUCAACCACACAGCAUGCAGAAGACGACGAUGCGGUGCCCUACUGUGUUCUCAAAUGCGCCAAUUUUCGCAAAAUCUACAAAUUUCCCUCACCCGAAGCGCAAACUUUCCAGCGUCAUUUUUGGUUUAUACAACUCGGUUUGGAUAUAGCGACCGAUUGGCGCAAAACCCUUUUCAUUUGCGACAAACACUUCGAUGACACUAUGUUGUUGCCACCAGACAAUACGCUCAAUGAAUACGCUUAUCCAUGCCAGUCGCUCUUGCGGGAACUCAAUAAACCGACCGCAACUGUUGGCACCCAAACAUGCGAUGAUGCCGAGGAGUAUAGACAAAAGUUGUUCGAUCAAAUAGCGGAAUUGAAGCAGAUGUUGUUCCAACAAAAAAUGGAAGUGAAACGCGUUAAGGUUUUGAUAAGCCUCAAGCAAGAGGCGUCGCGAUUGGUAGCCGAAAUUGAGGAGGCAGAAAAUGCGCCGAAACUGUUAACUAUUUAUAAUAAAGAGUGAUUAAUUUAUGUAAUAUUUGUAUGUUAUAGUAUACAUACAUACAUAUGUAUAUAAAACCGUUUUCUACCUAAAUUUAAUUUUAGCUAUCAGUAAAACUAAUUUAAAAAAAUAUAUUCAUAAUAAGUGUAUGCUUAAGACGAAUAAAAUUAAGCAUAUAUCUAUUAAAGUAAGGAAAAAAAUUCAAUUAUUACCAUAAUUUAAUAUCGAAAAAUAUUAAUAUUUUUUCUAAUAAAAGCAAUACAAGCGCGUAUUGAAAU